AUGGUGCUCAUGGAAAGCUACUUCUUUUGUGCCUCCGUGCGACUUGGUGUUUUGUGCAUUUGCGUUUUUGCCGCCGUAAAAAGUACUGUCUUUAUGUGGCUGAUAUUCUCCGAUGGAACCACUUUCCUCUUCUUUGUGAUUAACAUAUUGGAAACUCACUACAAGACUAGCAAUAUUAUAAGAGAAUCGGCUGACUGGGUGGAAAAAUAUCCCAAAGAGCUUAUGACGUUUUUCCAACUUUACAGCUUUUGUCACAUUAUAACUUGUAUUUUGGCAGCCUUAGGAGCAUACAAACUGAAGAAGUACCACGUUAUACCUUUGGCCGUCUUCGAGUGUAUUUUCACAGUUCAAGUAGUAGUCAUAUCAAUUAUAUCCCUUCGGAUUGCCAGACAAAUCGUUCCCUUGGCCACUUUAAUCCUGCUUACUCUUGGUCUGACAUUCUAUGCAAUGCUUGUGGGGUACGAUGCGUUGACGUUAAUUGCCUUUGUGCAAAUUAUGUUUCUGGUGAGGAGUGAACGAUACCAACGUCUUUAUGGCACCGACCCCCUAAAUCCAGUAACUGACGGAAUAGAUCACAAACAAACAUCACCAAGUUAUCCGAUCUCUCAGCAACCCAUAAUUAUUUAUGUUAUGCCCAAAGUAGGACAAAAAUUGUGGGACGUGCCGCAAAAGAAAUGGUGGCAGGACCAAAAAACUGAUAGUCGCGUUCCACAAAAGCAUCCACACGAUGUGUCUUCGGAUUUUUUCCAACGACAGGAGCUUUUAUCAAACGUGUUGUUACGAAAUGCCAUUAAUGAAGACUAUUGGACAAAGAAAAAAGAGUUGGGAUCUAGAAAAGCUUAG